AUGAAAUUUGUAUUGAGCUUCCUUUUUGCAGCCUUAGUUGCUGUUGCACAUGCCGGUCCACAAAACGUCGCUCCAGGUUUGAAAGACACUAGAGACAUGGAUGACCUGGAUCUUGUUGUUAGAGACCAUGGGAUGUCAGGGUCUGAGUCAGCUUCUUCGGCACCAGCGUCGUCUACAACUUGUGGUCGAGCCUUAGCUUCUGCCGCUUCCUCACGUUCAGCUGAAGCCGCUGCUGCAAGUUCUUCUCAAGCUUCUUCCUCGAGAAAUGCUGCCGGGAAUGUUAUUGGUACUGCGUACCCCGCUGGUGCGGUCUUAGGUGCAAUUGCAAUUGCCUUACUUUAG